AUGAACCACAGCCCCCUGCACACCAUCCCGCAUCCCACAACCCACUGGCCCAACGCGCUGGCCAUGAAACAUCCCUGGCUUCUCGACUGGCCGAUUGGAUGCCAUGUUCUCAACAACCUGCUCUACCAACUCUUGCAUGGUGGAGUUGCCUCCGCGCUGCUGGCCCUGGACGGCCCGGCCAGCGCUGAGCCCAACCAGCCAGACACACGCUACGUCUUCCCAAACAUAAUCGCCACCAUGCUGCGCGGAAAGCUGAGCCUCGGAUCCCUCCAUGGGGCUGGGUAUUUUGUGCUCCAAGGCCUGCGCGUUGGUACCGUCAUCACCCUCGUCGCUUCUUUUGCUGGAUGUUGGGUUCUCAUCAUCCAGGUGGACAAGUACAAGUCCUUCUUCGUAUUCCAGUGCCUUUCCCUCUUUUUCACCUCUAUCGGCUGUCUGUUCCUCAUUAUCGCCGAGUUCCCCGUCAUCAAAUUCGUCCGCAACUUCUACCGCGAGUCAUGGCCAGUUCUGUCCGACUCUCACGGGCUUGGCUGGAUGGGUGGCAUCAUCAUCAUUAUCGGCUGCCACAUCCUGGGGUCGCUCAACCAGCAGGGCUAUGACACUGAUGCUUUUGCUGGCCACUUUUCCAAGCUGGUCCUCUCCUCGGGCAUUCUUUGCAUCAUCUUUGGCACCUUCAACAUCAUCUGCGCCCUCGUCUGGCGGGAUGCCAAGCAGGGCAUCACUUCGCGUGACGUCCGCUCCCGCGGUUCACUUGCCGCUGAUGGUGCCACGCUUCCCAGCUACAGCGCCAGCGCAGCCUCAUCCGUCCACAACGAAAAGACCAAGAACAAGUUCAUGGGCAAGAUCUUUGGGCGCCGCUCCAAGAAUGCCGAAACCCAGCCCCCCGGGAGGCCCGCCAUCAGCGCCCCAUACCCAACUGCACAAAAGAACGUCCAGACUGGUGCAACCAGCCCUAUUGUCGACGGCCUCAAGGAACCUGACGCGUCUUUUCACCCGAUGCACGGCAACCGAGCUAGCAGCCAAUACUCCGUCGUUGAUCACCUCCCUCGACAUUAA